UCACCAGUGUAGGAUCGUUUCGUUCGGUGCGCGCUUGCCGAAUGGCUGAGUGAAAAUACACGUCACAAGUUCGUAGUACAUACAUUUGAAAGAGAUGUUUGAUAUUCUGUGACUGAAUGCAACUUGUGUAAAAAUACAACGAAUUCUGAGAAAGAGUUUAGCCAUGCGCGCUCUUCUGGUAUUGGGACUGGGGCUGCUCAUCGUGCAGAUGGCAGUUGCGCCUCCGGUUACGAAGAAUAAAAAUGCCAGCGAGGAAGUAGCCAAGGAGAAGGAAGAAACUGAAGCCGCAGAUUCGGCAAAUUUGGAGGAUGUGAUGGAGUAUCACAGAUACCUGACUGAAGUCGUUCAAGCACUGGAAAGUGAUCCAGAGUUUCGACAGAAGCUUGAGAAGGCGAAGGAAAUUGAUAUUCGGAGUGGAAAAAUUGCCCAUGAACUCGAGUUCGUCAAUCAUCAGGUCAGAACGAAACUCGACGAACUCAAACGCCAGGAGCUCGAAAGGCUUAGGCAUCUGGCCAUAAAAGAAUAUCAGCUUGAGAAUGGACUCGAUCCUGACCAUCUCAAAAUCGCCGAGCAUCUUGAUCACGCAAAUCCACACACAUUUGAGAUAGAUGAUCUGAAGAAAUUGAUCGCCAAGACAUCGCAAGACUUAGCCGAGGCGGAUCGUAAAAGAAAAGAAGAAUUUAAGGAAUAUGAAAUGCAAAAGAAGUUUGAGACAGAGAUAAAGUUGAAGGGUAAUACUGGCAUGGACGAAGAAGAAAAGAAGAAAUACGAAGCUGUGCUUAAGUCUCAGGAGGAAAAGCAUAAGAAGCACCAGCCGUUGCAUCACCCUGGGAGCAAACAGCAGCUGGAGGAGGUCUGGGAAAAACAAGACCAUAUGGAAAACCAGGAUUUCGAUCCUAGGACGUUUUUCUAUCUCCAUGAUCUCGACGGCAAUGGUGUGUGGGACCAGAACGAAGUUAAGGCUCUUUUCUUGAAAGAACUUGACAAAAUGUAUGCCGAAGGUGCUCCUGAAGAUGAUCUGAGAGAACGCGCUGAGGAAAUGGAACGGAUGCGAGAACACGUUUUCAACGAAGCUGAUCUCAACAAAGACGGUUUGAUAAGCUACACCGAAUUUGUUGAGCAAACAAAGAAACCCGAUUUCCAGCAGGACGCAGGAUGGCAGGGUCUGGACGAGCAGCAAAUAUUUUCGCAGCAGGAAUACGAGGAAUUUGAAAGGCGUAGACAGGAGGACAUACAGAAGUUGAUUGCCAAGGGAAUACUACCCCCGCAUCCGGAUAGUUAUCCUCCUGGACAUCCUGAACAGUUCCCACCACAGUACGGCCAUGUUCCGGUACAUCAAGGAGGUCCGGAUCAGGGAUUCAUUGAUCCACUGGGAGCCAGAGUUGGGCAUCCCAACGAAAUUCCACAUGGGCAACAAUUUCAGGGCCAACAUGUGCCCCAACAGCAGUUCCAGGGACAAGUACCACAGCAACAAUUCCACGGACAAGUGCCACAGCAACAGUUCCAAGGACAUCCAGUGCCGCAGCAACAGUUCCAGGGCCAGCAAAUGCCGCAGCAGCAUUUCCAAGGACAAGUGCCACAACAACAAUUUCAAGGGCAACAAGUUCCACAACAACAACAACAGCAGCAGCAGCCGCCGCAGCAACAACAACAACAACAACAACAACAACAACAACAACAACAACAACAACAGCGGCAACAACCGGUACAAAACGCGAUUCCGGCAGGAGGAAAUCAGCAAGUUCACGAUGCCGGUAACGCAGCAGCAGGGAAUUUGGUGAACAAUCAGCAACAGGCCAACAUUGUUCAGAAACAAGUGAGCAACAAUGACGCUGCUCAGCAACCAGUGGUAGCAAACUUGGUUGACAAUAGUCAAAAAAUAGUACCGAAUGCAGUGAACGCGCAUUCAUAAUGGGGGUAAAACGGAAAACGUAACACGAAGGUCAAUCAGAUUAUAGUAGAGAAUAGAAGAAAUAUUUGUUUGAUUGGAAGUAUAAUUAAAGUCAGUUAAUUUUACGCGUUGUUACAUGUGCAAAAUUGAUGAUGAAGAAAAUUCAGCGAUUCGAUGGAGGGAGAAAUAAUUUAAUGGUAAAAUCGACAACUUUUAUACAACGGCAACUAUGAACAAUGGAUUUGAUAAGGAAUUAACUAGACAUUGUAGUUUGUAAAUCUUUGAUCGCGUCAAGUUCGUGUCUCGUACAUGACGUUAUACCUAUUACAUAUUUGAAAACCUUUUCUAAUCUUCCGCAUUUCAGUGCACACACCAAGAUACAUUUCAUUUCUCAGUAUUAAUCCACCGCCCGCAUUUCGUUGAUAACAGUUAAUAUUUUUUUAUCAAUUUUUUUUACAAUUACGAUGAUGUUUAUAACGACGACGAUGACUGUUUGUUAUCGCAAUUUUGCGAUUACGUUUCUAUCGUCAUUCGAUGUGUGAUUUUUUUCUAUUCAAUUGAUCUAACCAAAACCUUUGUGAUUCCUCCAUACCUGAUACGAUUCGUUGAUUUAUAAAUGAUGGUGUAAAAUUUCGACUG